AAAAAACUGCACGGGAGAGGCGCAGCAACGGGCAAACCGAACCGCGCGCGAAUCAAGUGCUUUGGCCAGUCGCGUUCCCAAUCACUCUACGACUAGGUAGUCCCCCGGUGUGUGUCCCAAAGAAGCGGCGAGGAGAGCAGCUGGGUCCUUCGGUCCUCGACGUUCGGCCGACGCGCAAGAUAAUACACGCAGGACAUUUCUAAAAUCGCGCACCGUCAAUUGUCAUCAGCUCGCUCGCUCUCUCUCUCUCUCUCUCUCUCCUUUCUGUCGCGUAUCAUCCCGCGAUCGAGCCACGAUCCCGCGGCGCGUGUUACGCACAAGAAAGUGUUAUCAAUUCUGUCCUGCUUCGCCUGAAACCUUCGUGUUUUUUUCACGCUUUUCGCCGCCGCGUUUCCUUUUCUCGAUCGACGAGAAUUCUCGACCGCGUACGUUUCGGAGGAAUAAUUUAAUCCGGGGUGUCCGGUACCAUUGUCGAGAGAGGAACAGAGAGAGAGAAGAAGAAGAAGAAGAAGAAGAAGAAAAAGAAGAAGUGCGCGAUCUUCAGUUAUACCGAAGAACAAGGCGAAAAAGCAGUGCGCGCCCAUGCGUGUAUCGACGGGAUCGCGAGUACGCGUUACGGUGAUCCAGUUACGCGCGUUUUACACGAGGAGAAGAGGGAAAGGGAGACGACUUCCUUGAGGAGAGAGAAACGGUCACGGUGUGAGUGAUAUCACGGUACACGCGCGCCUGUUAAAUCUCGCCUGUGACGUUUUUCGUCAUCCGACCUGUGUGUCCCGAGGGUCCGCGAAGGAUCCGCGAUUUGCGAAACGAUCGACGUGCCCUGCGGACGGACUCGGAGGAGAAUCGGUGACAGGGAGCGGAAGGAGAGCACGCGAGAAGGAAAGUGCAUUACACGUCAGUUCGGGACGUGAGUCGUGAAAGAGAAGAAUGAGCUAGCGCAAACGGAAGAACGGAGAUCUUUUUUCGUUUUUCGCGAUUGCCGCAUGUUUUCCCGAACCAUCGUCGACGAGGGUGAUCUCUGUGAGGCGAUUGUGAAAAAUCUGAGGAAAUUCAAGUUCGUCGAUCAAAUUGAGCCUCGCUAGUGGAACACACGACUGUCCCAUACGUCAUUAUACAAUCACUAACGAUCCGUUCGUCUGUCAGAGAUUCUACGCGCGAUUUCAUCCAAUUUCCGCCACCGGAUAAGACAUCGUAGAGUACAAUAGAGAUCAGCCAGUGGAGCGGCUUGAAAACCGAAAGAAAAGCGAAGAAAAGAAGCGCGACGCGGUGAAAAGAGACGACAGUCGCGUCUCCCGAGUUGGCGAUAUUUCGGCGCAGCGCUGGAAGAAAUCGGCGGAAGUCGGAGGAGAGACGUUCGCUCCGCCGACGUGAUCGUCAUCGUCGUCGCAUCGGAACGAUAGAAUCACGGGGCUCGGCACCGACGACAAGGACGCCGGGCAAAGGAGGUCCACACUUCACUUCUCGCUUGACGAUCAAGACAUAACGGCAAUAACGAGGGCACCACCGGGAUUCAGUCAAUUGGUACCGCGCGUCGUCCGGUGAGCGAUGAUAUUUAACUGCGAAACGCGUGCCGCACAGUGACAGCCGGUGUGGAGGAAAGGGACCGGAAGGCCGCGUCAGACCGCAGAACGGAAUCAGAAGUCGGAGGAUGGUGGUUUGAAAUCGGCGAGACGACACCGGGAAGGCGACGCACGUGAGAGCGACUCUCUGACAAGACCCCCCUCCCCACCCCAACAAGGUGAAUAGACACAACGAUGGUAGAUACACAACACUUUUGUCUGCGAUGGAACAAUUACCAGAGCAGCAUAACCUCGGCGUUUGAAAAUCUGCGAGACGAUGAGGACUUCGUGGACGUGACGCUGGCUUGCGACGGCAAGAGCCUGAAAGCGCAUCGCGUCGUCCUCUCCGCCUGUAGCCCAUACUUCAGAGAAUUGCUCAAGAGCACGCCAUGCAAGCACCCAGUGAUAGUGCUACAGGACGUAGCGUUCAGCGACUUGCAUGCCUUAGUGGAGUUUAUUUAUCACGGCGAGGUGAACGUGCAUCAGCGUUCUCUCAGUAGUUUUCUGAAGACGGCGGAGGUCCUCAGGGUAUCGGGCCUCACGCAACAGGCCGACCAGACCGACAGGGAUGAGCUGUCGCAUGUCCGCGCGCUGGCGGCCGGCGGCAAUCACCUGCCGUUCCACGAGAAGUCGGAGGAGACUUUCCCUCGCGGUGGCUCGCCACCCACGCCUGUGACCCCGACGCCGACCACGGUGCAGCAGCUCCUGCGCCGUGCCCAGAUACGCCGAAACGAGAGACGCACCCCGGACCCGCACGAUGAAUCGGCAAAGAGACCGCGAGUGCCGUCGCCGCCGCUCAACAAUAACGACGCCACGCCCACGGAUUUCUCGAUGGUCAAGAACAACCACCUGUCGACGAAGGUGGAGGGCAAUGGGGUGCACGACGAGAACAGCCUCGUCGAGGACAAUAUAAAGUGCGAGCCGUUGGAAUUGACAGGCGGCAACGGCGGCGGCAACGCCGGCAACAACGAGGACUCGUCGGACUCCGGCGCCGCGGCCUCGGACCGGCCGCCCGCGUCCGCGAGUAGCAACGAGCACGAGCCGGAGCCGGAGCACACGUCCGCGCAGAACUUCCUACCGGAGAGCAAGCUCUUCACGUCGACACCCGGCAGCUUCAACUUUAGCAUGGCGGCGCUCACCACCGACCACACGCCGUUGUCAGUGAAAUUUCCAGGGUUGGGCCACGGCUUGCAGACACCGGAUCUAGCGGGCACUUCGCAAGGUCUGUUGGCCGGCAGCGGCGCGAGCGAUGAGUUUCGAUGCGAGCCGUGCAACAAAAACCUGACCUCCCUAACGCGGUUGAAGCGGCAUAUACAGAACGUGCACACCAGGCCCAGCAAGGAACCGAUCUGUAACAUCUGCAAGCGGGUUUACUCCAGUCUAAACAGUCUGCGCAACCACAAGAGCAUCUACCAUCGGCAGCACAACAAAAGCGAGCAGCAGAGAAAGGAAGUAGCACAGGUCCGCGAAUGGCAGAGAGAUCAGAGAGAGCACACCGAGAGAAAUUAUUCUGCGCAGCAACAACAACAGCAACAACAGCAACAGCAACAGCAGCAGCACCAGGCUCAACAACAUCCACGAAUGGGAUGAGAUUGCUCGCCGUUUGUUCCCCUCGCUUUCUCUCUCUCUCCCUCUGUCAUCAUGAGUUUCUUAGUGACGAGGAUGUACCGGAUGUUCACGCGACAUAGACGUAUGUUGUCGUUUUCGAUACGAUCGAUUAAGAUCCGAUCCGAUCCGAAAUUUUUGGGAUCGCCGCCGAUCGAAACGCACGCACGAUCUCUCCUUGUAUGACGGAGUAUGUAAGUCGACGGAUUUUCGAAACGCAGAAAUCUCGGUUCUUCGUUUGCUAUACCGUGUCCAAACACUGGCGAGAAGGACAGGCGAAAGGUGCGAAAGUGCGAAAGAAAGUCGAUCGAUCGUACACGAUUGUUUUGCGACUUGAUGUGACUUAGCGUAAACGUCGACGGCUCAUCACAGUAGUGUGGAGGAAUUACGAAAAACGAGUUAUUGAAUCUCUCGAGUCGAUGACGCGUCAACAUGAGGCGAAUUUAUUUUUUAUUUCGGUUUGCGAACGCAGGUCGGAUCGUACGAAUAUAUCCCUCCGAGGGGUGUAAAAUAAUCGUGAUGUAAUCAGUCAUCUGUCGUAUGCGCAAUAUGUCUCCGUUUGUGACGAUCGGUGAUGAAACUGCAGGUCGGACGAGCGACGUCUUUCGAAGCUUAACCUGCGUUAGUCGGAAAGUUGAGUCAAGUAUUGCCGCCCAGUCGAGUAGACGAGCGACAAUCCACGCAAAGCUGCAUUAAUAUUUUUUAUGAGAAAUAAGGUCUAUCUGCAUCUGUAAAUAGCGUUGCGAUAUGGGCGAAAGAUCGGAUCGAAGGUCCGUGUGUUAAUUAAGAAUUUGAGCGAUUACUUAUGUGAUAAAUAUAACUCCUUCGAUUUUCGAUAAUGGGCCACGCGAUUUGUUGUUAUUUUUAUAUAUUAUUUAUGUGACGAGCACACACGGUAAUCACAGACAAGUUCUGUUUUCUGUUUAUCGCCCCUACGUGGCGGUACUAGGAAAGGCUGCGGUACAAAAACGGGAUAAUAAAAUAUUAUUUAAUGUAUCUAA